AGCAGAACACCGGAACUAAUGCCCUGGAGUGCGAUGAACACGGACGGAAUAAACGUCGUACCAACGUGGCGAAGAAGCUCCAAACAAGGUCCAAGGACGUCUUAAAAAAUGGGAAUUGAAAUCUAAAACGGAGAUGCUCUCUGUUUUAUUGAGAAGAAGCACCGUUGCAGCCUGCAGGGCUUUGCGUUGGGCGGGCCCUUCGCAGAGAUGCUGGACACCAGCCCUGACUGGAGUCCCUGAGGAUGGAUCCACAUCGUCCGGUAUCAUCUCCUCCACCAGACUUUCAUUCACAGAACGAGAGCCUGGACACGUGAAACCUCCUCUGGUCUCUCGCGUCAGGAGGACUAAACUCUUCCAGAGCAGCCAGACUUGGGAUGCUUUACUUCUGGUGAGGAAUCAACACUUCCACUCUUCUGCUGCGAGGCUGAAGAAGCGGGCGCGACCUGAACUUCCUCCUCCAGAACUGGACCUGCUGCGCUAUGACAUGAAGCACUUGUGGAAUGGUCCCAAACCCGCCCUCUAUCUCGGGUUUGCAGGACUAAUCCCUUUUGUAGUCCCCACUCUGUUCAUGGCCGCGACUGAGGUCUACUACCCACAGGUGGCUUACGCACAGUUGGCCUACGCCGCCUCCAUUAUUUCUUUCCUGGGUGGAGCUCGCUGGGGUUUUGCGCUUCCUGAGAGCAGCCCGGCUAAACCGGACUGGAUCAACCUGAGCAACAGUGUGGUUCCCUCCCUGCUGGCCUGGGUUACCAUGCUCAUGAGUGACAGCAUUGUUACCGCAGGCAUCAUGGUCAUCAUGGGACUGGGAAUCUCCCUGCAUUAUGAUCUUGCUCUGCUCCCAACUUACCCCAGCUGGUUCAAAGCUCUGCGUGCGGUCCUGACCGCUGUAGCUUUUUUCUCUCUGGUUGGUACAAUGAUCAUGAACGGUUCAUAUCCAGAGAAGAGCCUUUUCUAAGUUACCAAGCAUGUCUUAUUUGUUUGAUCCUUUAUCAUCAUCUUAACUAUAUUGACAGCCUUUGUGUUGGAGAAUUUAGCUCAGCAUUGUAUGUUUUACAUAACUUGCUACAAAUUGCAUUCUGAAGAUGCAAAAACAAAAAAGAUGAAAUAAUUCAAUGUGCAUUCAUAUUCUAGAAAUUGGCUGCUUUUCCACCAUAAGAUACAAACUGUGUCCUCGUAACUCAACUCAUCUAUAUCAGAA